GGCACGUCAGUUCGUACGUCAUAGUCACGUGGUAAGAUUUGAAAUUAAACCUCGAAUCGCACAACAACGGAGUGUCAGCAAACAGCAUUUCGGAGAUAUUAAUCAAGUGGAUUGCGACGAAACAAGAAAAUUUGAUGACUUUCGGAGGUAACGUCGCUCAGGAUGGCUUUAAGAUUUGAAAACUCGAAUUGCUUGAAGAUGGAUGAACUGUCGCCUCAUGUUUGGAGCGCUCCAGGCGUCCCGCUGGAGACUGCGGCCCCGUCCCAGAGGAGCCAGGCUCCGGAGGAACACGUGUCCCAGCAGGAGGGUCAUGUUCAGAUCAUGUACUGUAAGGAUCAGGUGUAUCAAGGAGACGCAGAGUUCAGUCUGGAAGAGCUCCGAGCACAGCGCUACUAUAAAGCUUUGAGCGAAAAGGCCUUACACCUGAACAAACUAAAGCAGGACCUGCAGCUUCAGAUCGAGCAGAAAAAGAGACUCCUUCAGCAAAGAAACAGCAGCGCGGAGACACCGCAGAUUGUUCACGAGGAGGCCAGUUCUUCCUUCCAGAAUUCGUCAGGUUCAUGUGAGUCUGCUGUGGUGAGGUCGGCUCCGUUCAGCGUAUACAGCGAGCAGGAGGAGGACUGUGUGCUGAACAGUAAAAGCUCAGUGAGGCGAGAGGACGACAUGAAUCACAGAGGAAGCGACGCUAAACUGCAGAAAACGGCAAAACCUUUCAGUGUUUCUGAUGAGAAUACACUGACAAAUAAAACAUCCUCUUCGGCGAACCGUAAUUCUCUGAAGCUGCCCACCUUGAGUCUGAAAGGGCCAAAGCCGAAAGCAGAUCUCUCUGCUGUCAAAGACGUGUCCAUCUCUCGCUCUGAGGAUGCUAUCAUCAACGGUCACUGGAAUAAGACUCUGUGCCGGAGUCCAGACGAUACGUGUGAAUUCGCCCGCGCCGCUCAGCUGGCGUCCACUCCGUUCGGAGGAGUCCAGAGGCCAGAGGCGUCCGAGUCGGGCCUGAUGGAGAAUAAGAGCCAAACGGCUCCAGAAUCCAGUAAAGCAACGAACUCGAACGGGAGCGCUCCCGAGAAAAAGCUCAGUCCUAUCCUCGAGAUCAGUCAGGAGUGGGGCGGCUCUUCCUUCGCCAGCUUCUCCCAGGAUCCCGUGAAGCGCUGUAAGGAGCGUGAGGUCGGUGGAGCUGUGGAGAGAGCGGAGACGCUGCUGGAGGAAGGUGGGGAUAAAGCUCACGCUUCACGCUUCAUUCACUCGCAGCUCUUCAGUGUCUUUCAGUCGAGUCGGAGCCGCUGGGUUUCUCCUGUUCAUGUCUCGAAGGGUUUUUGGCCUCUAGAUGGCGCUAGUCUUAGACAUUUGAAGUGCAUGUUGUUUUUUUCAUGCACUGGUCAUGCAUGUCUUUAGAUUAGUGGAAGGAAAGCAUGCAAAAUAGACUUUUAGGUGUUUAUUUUAUUGCACUUUGUCUAUUCUGCAUCUGUUUUGUUAAUCUCCACUUCAGCAGCACGCACUUACAGCAGAACUUUACUGAUGUGUUUGUUUAUAUAUCAUUCACACUGCUUUAUACAGCGUCAUGUCUUGAUUUAUGAAGGGAUUAAAAGAAUAUUGAACUCAAUCCGAACUCUAAUAUGACGACAAAAUCAAAGCAGAAUUUUAAAUCUGGUUUUAUCCAGUGUUUAAAUUGAUUUUCUGGAAAUGUAUAUGCAAAUUAGUUCAUAUUUAAUUGGUUAAAACUUCUAUUUAUUUUUAUUUUAUGUGUGUGUGUGUGUGUCUCUGUGUGUGUGUGUGUGUGUGUGUGUGUGUGUGU